AUGGCAGGGCUGGGCCUCAGGGCAGGCCACACCUCCUCCUCUGUGAGUCUCGGAGUGAGUCAGGAGGGACAGAGGCUGAACUCCUGGUGGCCCCUGGAAGGGGAGCAGCUGCAACCUGAGGCCUCAUCCCAUCCCCACCUCAGGCCAUGGCUGAAACACGCGUCGUCGGGGCAACAGCCGCGGGGCAUCACGGGAGGAGGCGGGCUGCGGAAGGGAGAGGGGCGGAGCAGGCUGCGGAAAAGCAGACUGGGGGCCGGGCUAGGCCAGCCCGAGGAAGGGGCGGGGAUUAGCGUCAGGGACAUGGAGCCUCGGGUUCACGCCUGGGGGGAGGAUGACGUCUGCUCUUUGACAUCAGUCUCUGCCAGUGCCCUAACUUUAGUCUGCGUUGCUGACGUCAUCAGCAUCAUUGGAGAUCUUGUGCUUCACCAAACUGGUUCUGAGCUGGCGUACGAGGAGCCUCGCUCUGCGUCCCCGACUGCGGUCUCCUCAGGUCCUCAGAAGAAGCUCACUUCUCCUGACGUCAUCCUCCCCCCGGGCCCGAACCCCAGGCUCCAUGUCCCUGACCCCGCCUCCUCCCGUGAUGCCCCGCCUGUUGCCCGGGCUACGUGUUUUUCCGGCGUGGCGGCGGGUCUGCGGCCUGAGAUGGGAGGCUGGGACCGCCUGUUGCUGCUGCUCGCCUUCCUGGGCCCCGGGGCAGCGCAGGGUCCGGAUUCUGGACCCCAGCCUCAGGCCCACACCGAGGCUACCCAGGGCCCCGAUGUUGGACCCACCCCGGACGCCGACCCCGGGCCCACCCCAGGCUCCAGGGACGUCUGGCCCGAGACCGAGGUCCGCGAGCGCGCCGGGGUCACUUCUCCUCAGUCGCCCCUGACUCGGGCUCCGGAGGAGGAGGUGCGGCUUGCUCUGAGGCCCAGCCCGGUCACGGAUGUUUCUACACUGUGUGUGUGUGACCUGUUAGCAGAAGAAUGUGAUGUUAACUGCUGCUGUGAUCCUGACUGCAGUUCUACAGAUUUCAGCAUUUUUUCCACAUGCUCAGUUCCAGUUGUCUCAAGUGACAGUCGUUUCUGCUUUCAGAAGAUAGCCUUCUAUGAAAUGAAUUUUACAGCACACCCCCCUGAAAGACUAUUUCAGUUAAUGGAGCAAACAAAUCCAUCUGUUUUUUGCCUCUACACUCUCAACUACAAACUUGCAUUAUCCUUCAUUACUCCUGAAUUCCCUAAUGAGAAUGAUUUUGAUAAUUUCUUGAAAAAGUCUGGUAAUUUUGCCAACACUAAAGAAUCAGACAUUUCUCACCCAACCAUAUUGAAUGCCCCAACUGAUACUAAAUACAGGUACAGAGAUCCUGUGCAGACUUCUGAUUCAUUUCUGAAGCUUCCGUGUCCUUUAUUCUCCUCCACACAAUGCUCAGAUAGCAAUCCUGCAGGCUUUCUGAUGAACGAGAUCUUUCAGUGUAACAGAAGAAUAACUCUGGAGCAGUGUGGUGAAGACAGAGCCCUCAGUAUGGCUCAGUACAUCCAGCCUAAGAUUUUGGCCGUACCUAAUUCAAGCAAACAGAUUCCUAUCACUGUCCAGGCUAUACUUCUGAAAUCUCUAAAUAAAACAAUAAAUCGGAAUAUCCGACGUGAUGUUCUUUUGCAUCCCACUUUUGUCAUCAUCAAUGGUCUGAAAGCCUGCACUAAUGUUGUUCUUAAGUUAAAGUACAGCAUCACAUACACAGAGGCAGGGGAAAUCACGAAGGCUGACAUCUAUCUCCUCCUUGGGACAGUCAGCAGCUCGAUGCUUCCACUCCAACAGCAAUUUCAGGUUCGGUUUCUUCAGCGAAAUACUAAGCCAUUCCCUCUCAGUGGAAAUCCAGGUUAUGUUCCAGGACUACCAUUAAUAGCUGGAUUUAAGACAGAAUCUCAUGUUGUUCAAAGUACUAACAGAUUUGGACAAUUUACCGUUUUUUACAGCCCAGCUGAACAGAACUGCUUAUUAGCAGAAGGACUUAGAAAACCAGUGUUUUUUGGUUAUAAUAUGACAACUGGAUGCAAAAUAAGAUUGACCAAAACUACCAAUUGCCGACUAGUUGGGAGAAGACUGAAAAAAUUACUGAUAGGGGAAAGCUUACCAAACUAUGUGUCUUCUUUUGGAAAUUCUCCACCUCAGAAUUUGCAGGAGUGGGUGCCUGUCCAUUUCUCCACUCUUGCGGUAAAAAAACAGCAGCCAUGUUUGAUUCCACUAACCUAUGAUAUAAGAGUGAGGUGGACUAAGUAUGGUUCCUUAGUGAAUCCACAAGCCAGAAUAGUCAAUGUUGCGGUGAAAAUGAUUUCAUCUACUUUUUCCAAGACCGAGUUAGAACGUGGAAGGACAGUACAGGUUUCUACUGUGGUUAGUUUUUUUGAUGUGUCUACACCUGCAGAAGCAGGCUACAAGGCUCAGCCCGCCAUUGAUGCCAAGCUGCCCUUCAAUUUCUUCUUUCCAUUUGUAUGACAUUUUGGCAAAUGAGGAGUUGCAAGAAGCUCAUAGGAUUUCCAGUCCUUCAGUGGAACAGAGCUAUGCCUGUUCAUCCUAUGCAGUUCCUGUCUGUGUCUUCUCACAAAUCCUGCCAAGAGGAGCUGCCCAAAGUGCUCAGAGACUUCCAUUAGGCAGUUUGGUGUAGGAUAGAGAGCUGGCCUCUGAGCCAGGAAGAUGACCCAUGCUGGCUGUAGGACCAUGGUUCGGUCACUUCACCUCUCAGGAUCCCAAGACAGGAAAUGACAGAGUGAGGGCUGCUUAGCAUUAAUUGAGGCAGUUUCUUCAUUUGAGUUCCCUACAUUGGUAAAAUCACAGGUUUGGCUAAAACCCUCCAAAUAUUCCUCGAACACCAGUGUAGCACUCAGGGAGGAACACUUGGCUCUGCCUUGCCCAGACCACAUUUGAAGUCCUGUCUUCAUUUUGGGUACUCAGUUUUGGAAAGGAUGUUGGCAAGGCAGUGCAUAUCUCAGUGAAUAUCUCACUGAGGCUGGUCAAGACAUUGCAAGCCAAGGUGGGGUAGGGUGGGGUCUGGAAACCAUUUUUUGCUGUUGUUCAGUUGUUUCAGUCAUGUC